GUGAUGUCACCUCAGAUGUCAUCUCAGUAUGUCACUUCCUAAGUCUUACAUUUUUUUUUCUCUUCAAAUUUGUUUUUUCUCUCUUCAUUGUAUUCAGCUAUACAGCAACAGAGAAAGCAGUUAAAAGCAUAAGAUUACAUGUUUGCUGAUAGUGGCACCUGGUGGCCAAGGUUGGAAUCGCAUGCAUUCUUUUCAUGCAUGCAUGUAGAAAAAUUAUUUUUGGGAAGACAAAAAACUAAUUUUUUGAAGAGAGGGAAAAAAACUUACAUUUCCAUUUAUUAAUUUGGCAGACGCUUUUAUCCAAAGCGACUUACAAAAGAGGAAAACAUCAGCGAAUCAUCUUAAAGAGACAUUUGUUAAAACAUUUUCGUAAAAAAAUUAUGAGGAAUACAGAGCACAUUUCCAUAUAGUUUACAUCUUUGCAUGCCCUCUCUUCAAUUUAAAACAUUUAACUUGACUAUCUAAUAAAAAUAUCAAAAUAUGCAUUGAAGUGAGGAGACAAAUAUGAGUGAAUAUUGUCAAUGGUGAAAGAUGGAGUCAUUAUUUUCAUUUCACCUCUAGAGGCUGCUGUUAUACUGUAAAACUAAGAUGUUGUAAACCUGUAGAAAGCAAUUAUUGGCAUAUCAUUUUGCUGAAAGUCCCAGAAAGCAACCAUCGGUGACAUUGUACAUAAAAAGGUUUAAGAUAUAAAAGUAUUAUAAGUAGUGAACUAUCUGCAUUAUCACAACCAAACAGAGCAACAGUAGUUAAAAUUAAUUAUUCAUGAUAACACACGACCACAAGCUGAGUGUUAAAGGGACAGUACACCUAAAAGAGAAUUCUGGCAUUUAAUGCCAAUCAACAAAUAUAUAUAUAUAUAUAUAUAUAUAUACUUUUUUUUUUUUGUCAAACUUAUUUUGGUCCAUUGUACUUUCCAUCUAUUUGUCAUGCAUGCUUGCUUCUAUUAAAUAAUUAUAAUUAAUAUUGAUUUAAGUGAAUUGAUCAAUUAAGUGUUGCAGCCUUAAACUACAAGCAAAGUCCUCAAAUCAGACGGUUUGCGAUUGAAAUGUAACGGCGUUUGCUAGUGCUAAUCCUCCUUUACGCUACACGUCUACACAGGGAGUCUUCGCAGAGUUGGAUUCGGACGAUAACAAAGACGCUAUGAGGAACUCAAACAAGCUCAGUUACUAUUAUAACUACACAACAAUCCGUCUGCAGCUGCAGGAGAAAUCAGACAGAGGAAAGCUGACGAGGAGGCGGAGCCUGAACAAAGGAAGGGAAAGUGGACACGCCCUCACCGGAAGUGGAGAAGGCGGGAGAUGAAGACAAGAGUGAUUCUGACGACGGCAGCAGUGACGAUGAGAGUUCUCGUGUUUUGGACGUAAUUCUUAGGUUUGAGGACAUGACGAAGUUCCUGUCUGGUUUGGAAGAGGAAGAGGAAGAGGCUGGUUCCUGUCACUAAAGAGAUGGUGGAAGAAUAUAAGCAAAAAUGGCAGGAAAUUAACGCCCAUCCAAUCAGAAGAGUGGCAGAUGCGAAAGCCUGCAAGAAGAGAAGGAUGCUGAAGAAGAUGGAACAAGCUAAAAAACGGCACAGCUCAAAAGCAUCUACAAAAAGACUGGUGUUGGUAAAGAGAAGAGAGAGGUCACAUACGUGGUGGCCAAAAAGGGUGCCGGACGCAAAGUUCCCCCGUCCUGCCGGGGUGAAGAGUACUUACUGUGUAGUGGAUGGACAAUUGAAGAAAGUCAUAAGGGGCAUGAAGAUAAAGGAGCAAAGAAAGCAAGGAAAAGGGGGGCAAUUAAGGAAGGCAGGCAUGAAAACAGGAAAAGGACAUCCAAAUAAGAUGUCCUUUACCAUUUCCUGCCCUGUCCUGAUCUUUUGAUGACUCAGCACUUGGACUGCUUUCAUUCAACCCAUGUUCACGGCUAGCCGUGUUGUACAGUAUUGCAUCUACGUAGUACUGUAUGCUAGCAUUUUAUUUUGGCCUAUCCGUAAGGCCACCAUGCAAUUACCAACAGCUUGCUAUUCAGCUCGGACUUUGAUAUACUUGAUUAUGAUGAUCUGGUUCACACUGAAGUUGUAAAAAUUUUAGUUUUUGGCCGAAAUCCAAAAUUUUAUGCUACUUGCAAACACCUUUUACUGCUUAUUCAAUAUAUGCAAGUCUCUUUGCGUUUUGACAGGUGGAAAAUCUGAUCAUUUUAAAAUCUCAUGUAAACACAUAUUCUUGUGUUGUCAGGUUUUUAUAAUUGGCUGAUUUUUUUUAUUAUUGUAAUCAGCGUUUGUUUGUACAUGUAAACACACUCAUUGACAAGAACAAUAACUGGUGUGAUGUGAUUCCCCAUCCAACAAACCAGAAACAGACCAGUAAUCCUGGUCAUCACAUUUCUCUAUUUCUAUUGGUUCUUUAAAACAGUCAAUGAUAAAUAAUGCCAUAAGCAAAUAGCACCCAAAGUGUUUAACAGGAAACAAUGGUGUGCAUAAGUAAAGUAACGUACUUUAUGUAUUGUAAAUGUAUUCAAAAUACAUGUUGUUAUCAUUGUAAUUAAAGGAUUAAUGUUGUGUCAAAAAGCAUAAAUAAAACAAUAUUGGUUCUGCAUAUCGGUUUUCGGACAAUUAAUGAUUGUUAUCGGUUGAAAAAAAACCCAAUAUUGGUAGAUCUUUAUGUUCAAUAUAUUGUUUGCAUAAAUUCGUUGUCUAAUGAUUAUAACUGUCAAAAAACAAACACUAAUUAAAAAUCAGCUUUGUAUAUUGCUUAUUUGACACCAUCAUCAGUCAAAAAUCAAUAUCAGUUAGAUCUGUAAUUUCAAUGUAUAGUAUUUAAAAAUUACUUUAAUAGUUAAUGACUAUUGUGACAAAAAGCAUAAAAAAAUUUAUGAAAAA